AUGCCCGAGGCCAUCCACGGAUCGCCACAGAAAAGCAUCGACAAAAACAAGAAUAAGAAUCCUAAGGAGUCGGGAGAAGACGAGCAGCAAAUAAAGCACAUAAUCCGCCGAUGCCCCACAGGGGUUCUGGAGCAACAUGUCCGCAGUAGCACCAUGGAAGCCGGAGAGAAACGCAAGGCGAAAACGAGAGAUGGUUUCACCUGCAUAUUGUUCGAUGGUUCCACUCCACUCCUUGCGAGCUACAGCCAGGGAAACAGAAAGACCAUAGCCUCCCCGUUGAUAUGCACCAGCAACACGAGAAUCGACGCUUACAUAGGCCCGCCAAGUCAGUCCCAGCCAUAG